CGAAAACAGACAUGAGUUGAGUUUAUAAGACGGAAAAUUUAAUUGGAUAGUUAAUUGCUAGAAAAUCUGAGCUAUGAGCGCGUCAAUAGUACUUUUAGUGUCUGGAAUCGUGCUAAGUUCAACAACAAAUGUGCACUCUGAGAAACUAGUUAUUGAUACAGACGCUGGUGCUGAUGAUGCAGCAGCGAUCUUACUGGUUUUAUCUGCAAGAAAAGAUACCAAUUAUGAAGUCGUGGGGAUUACUUGCACUUACGGAAAUACUGAGGAAGAAAACGUUGAAAAAAAUGUCCUGAAAACUCUUACUGUUGCUAAUUCAUCUGAUAUUCCGGUGUAUGGAGGAGCGAAGAAACCUCUAAUGAGUAACUUCACAUCGGAUAAGUAUUUUGGUGAAGAUGGUUUUGGUGAUUUUGAUUUCAAAGAAGAAAUCAAAGGUGAAAUUGAUCCGACUACUCAUUCCGCGGAAGCUUUAGUUCAUUUUGCGCGAAAGUAUCCAGGAGAACUAAGUGUACUUGUUAUCGGUCCGUUGACUAAUAUCGCACUGGCAAUUUCACUUGAUCCCAAUUUUAUCAAUAAUUUGAAAAGACUGUAUAUUAUGGGAGGAAGUAUUGAGGGGAGGGGAAAUAAAUCUCCGGGGGUUGAAUAUAAUUUUGGAACUGAUCCUGAUAGUGAUUUUAUUGUUUUAAAUGUUACUAUGAAAAGACCAAGUAUGUUGUUUCCUUGGGAAACAAUUCUCAAAGCAAAGAUUCCAAAGGAAUGGAGACUCAAAAAACUCGGCUCACUAAAUUCAACCAUCACUAAUUUUUUGAACAAAGCUGAGAAGAAAACUUUUCUAACCGAAUCUCUAAUUUGGCAACCAUCAGACGCAAUGACAGCUGCGGUGAUGCUCUGGCCGUCUUUAGCAAAGAAAAUGAUUAAUAUUAAUGUGACACCUGUUACUGAUGGAAUAGCAAGAGGGGCCAUGCUGAUAGAUUAUGCCCAAAAAAGCGGGAAGCCCAAGAAUGUGGAAAUCAUUCAACAAUUUGACGCCGAAGAAUUUCAAAGAUUGCUUAUAAAUUAUUUUCAAUGAAGAAUCUUGACCUUUG